AUGCAGGGACCUCCUGAAGAACUACCGACAAAGAAAGGAGAAUUCACAGAUCAGAAACAGAGUCUUGAAAAUGUUCAGGAGCUGACAGACCCUCAGGAUCAACGCGAUGAGAUGAGGCCAUCGUUAUCAACUAAUAAUGAUCAAGACACUCCGGCUACAGAGGAUACAAAAGAAAGCCUGGUGGCCAGUUUUGAAACCCCAACUUCAAAAUCGAACGUCAAGUCAGAUAGGGCGUUCAGAGGAGACUGGGGAUAUGUCGAUUUAUACAACGCAUCUGUUGACAACUUCUUCAGUCUAGAGUACUUGGAGCUACCGAAAUCGAAGAAACGCAAACUUGAAGACAGUGUGGUAACGACCGAACGAGCAUACUACCGACCAGUAAAGGCAGAAGGUUCCACUGACGAGAUUAAUGGGCAUGCUGAUCAGCUGAACCCUCACGAAGAUCUCUUCGAUAGCUUGAAAUCAGGGACUUAUUGGACAGCAGAUGAGAAGGAAAUUUUUUUCAGUUUUCUCGCCAGAUUCACCAUUCACAGGGUCGAAGACUUCCUUGAUCACCUACCGUCCAAAAGCAUGGGCGAAAUAUUGGCAUAUUACGAGCUCCUCAAGCGUGAGCUACGAAACCAACAAAUCUGUGAAACACACUCCGUUCAUAUCAUAGAGGAUCAGCAGGAUCCCACGAGGCUUCUAAGACAUGAAUAUGAUAUAAUGACAAUCCCAGGGGGUAUCGAUCAGAGGAAUAUCCCAAUUGCAUACGAAAUGAGUGACGAAUGGGUGGAAUAUGAGGAGGAGCAAAGCAUCCAUAUUGCUGACAGACAGGGCCGUUUGGACGUGGACCGUGGAAAGCGGGAAUCUAAGGCAAUGAAGGAUUAUACCAAAAAACUGGAGGAUGAGUUAGGCGAGAACUUCCCGCUUGUCGAUGUGAACAACGCAUUUAAAGUGAGCAAGAUCUACCGAGGUAAUCAAAUCACAAUGGUUCAGGAUCGGAAGCCGACUCCACGUUUGUUGUUUCCGUCUUUGGUUUAUUUUGAAGAGAUCGCUAGUCUUACAAUUAAAAAAAUUAUUGCGUCUUUGUUGAUGAACAAAGGCUGCACCUCCCGGGACGAACAGGGCAUCAAAAUAACACCCGGCGACGUCUGGAAUGCUGUUAGAGAGUCCCGGAUUUGCGAGGCGCCGAAGUCAGGGAAAGUGGAGGAGAGAAAUUGGAAAAAUGGCGUGCUCGAGAAUUAUUGGGCAGGGUUACAAUCAUCCUUGCGCCUCGUUACUGACGGGCCGCCCGCAGAAGCACCGGAUUGGGAGGACUUUACUCCUCGGGAGUUGCAUGGCGUGAUUGUUCCCCAGGAAAAAGAGGCGUCCUUCGAGUACCCGGAUGAGGUUGUGGAAGAUGGAGCUUACGGAGCGAUUUUAGACGAAGACGGAGUCGAGCUCGAGGAAAAUAAAAGCGAAACUGAAGAUCCCGAAGGCCCCGACUGGUGGACUGUCUCAAAGCAGAAAAGACCACAGUUGGACCCACCACAAGUGAUAGAUGUGUUGGCCGAAGAAACAAGGCUGAUAGCAUUGCUCAAGGACGCCACCGACGUUGCUGUGGAUGAUGCGCUUCUCCUGAAAGAGACCCGCCUCCUCGAGUCGUUUGACCGACGCAAGCAUGAGGCCUUAGCUCGUGCUGCAGAAACCGCUUUCGAGGGAUUUAACGGCACAGCCUCGAUGCUGUAA